AAACCAAGCAGAGUUUGGAUUGGAUUGUAUAGUGAAAAAAUGGGACCGAGUGAAAGCAGGGAAGGCUCUGGAAACAGUAAGGAAAAUGGUCGCAUCAAAAAACGAAAUGAGAAAAAUGGUGGUGACUUGCGUAAGGACAAGGUUGGCUGGUCCACUGCUGCUGCAAUUGCAACUGGCGCUGUGGCAGGAGCGGCUUUGCUGGCCUAUGGUAUAUUUAGUCUGGCUUCAGGUUUAGGUUCAGGUUCAGAUUCUGAGCAGGAGGAGGAGAUGAUGAUUGCUCCGGGCACCGGCGGACUUGAACGAAUCCGUAGGGCUGACUUUGAGUGUAACCCUGGAGGCUAUUUCAGAGACCAUCGCCGCAAAUAGAUAGCCAGUCCCGGUGGGAUGGGAGCAUUGUCCUUCUAUUAUGCAUAUUGGCUUGCUAGCCUUUGGUUUUGGCUUUGGCUUAAGCUUUUUUUUUCUCUUGUAUGUUCUGUUGUUUGCUUUGUGUUUGUAGUUUUAUGAAAUUUUUAUUAUAUUUUGGUGUUUUAGUAGCUUAUAAUCUUUUGUUUUGUUGGAUAGAGUUCUGGAUUUAGUAGCUUAUAAAAACAAUAGUUGGGUUUGGAUCAUCGAAUCAACCCAAAAAUACUCUGCUUCGAGUAUGAUUUUGGAUUAUGAUUCGGAUCAAGCAUGGUAUGGAUUAAAUUUGGAUUCGAAUUAGAUUCCACACAAGACGGCCUUGAUUUCUGUAGA